AUGUUGGACAUCAACCUAUUCAGAGAAGAAAAGGGUGGCAACCCCGAACUCGUCCGCGAAUCCCAACGCCGUCGAUUCGCCAGCGUUGAGGUUGUUGAUGAAGUCAUCAGUCUCGACAAACAAUGGCGAGAGCGUCAAUUCCAGUUGGAGAAUCUCCGAAAAGAAUUCAACAAGUUCAAUAAGGAAGUCUCCAAACUAAAGCGUGCCGGUGAAGAUGCAACUAAGUUGAUUGCUGAAUCUGAAGUGGUUAAGAAAUCGAUAGCGGAUAAAGAGGUUGAGGCUCUUGAAGCUCUCAACAGUUUAAAUUCUAAAUUGGAAACCAUUGGUAACCUCAUUCAUGAUUCCGUUCCAAUCAGCAAUGAUGAGGCCAACAAUGCUGUUGUUAGAACAUGGGGGGAGAAAAGAGUGGAACCUAAACUCAAGAAUCAUGUGGAUCUCGUUGACCUACUCGGGAUAGCAGAUUUGAAGAAAGGAGCUGAUGUUGCUGGAGGUAGAGGUUUCUAUCUCAAAGGAGAUGGUGUUCGUCUUAACCAAGCUCUGAUUAAUUUCGGGCUUGAAUUUUUGGAGAAAAGGGAAUAUACCUUAUUACAAACCCCUUUCUUCAUGAGAAAAGAUAUAAUGUCUAAGUGUGCUCAAUUAGCCCAAUUUGAUGAAGAGCUUUAUAAGGUAACUGGUGAAGGAGAUGACAAAUAUCUGAUUGCAACAGCAGAGCAGCCACUUUGUGCAUAUCAUAUAGAUGAUUGGAUCCACCCUAGCCAGCUACCCAUUAGGUACGCUGGAUAUUCAUCUUGCUUUCGCAAAGAAGCUGGAUCUCAUGGUCGGGAUACUCUAGGAAUAUUCCGAGUUCACCAAUUUGAGAAAGUAGAGCAGUUUUGCCUUACCUCCCCAGUUGAUAAUGAUUCAUGGGUCAUGCACGAGGAAAUGCUUAAGAACUCUGAGGAAUUUUACAAGGCGUUGAACAUUCCAUAUCAAAUUGUUUCCAUUGUAUCUGGUGCGUUAAAUGAUGCUGCCGCGAAGAAGUAUGAUCUUGAAGCAUGGUUUCCAGCAUCUCAAACUUACAGGGAGUUGGUAUCCUGUUCAAAUUGUACUGACUACCAGUCCAGAAAAUUAGAAAUUCGAUUUGGGCAGAAGACUAAUUCGCAGGAGAAGAAAUACGCCCAUUUGUUGAACUCUACUCUCACUGCUACUGAGAGGACCAUUUGCUGCAUACUUGAGAACAACCAGAAGGAGGAUGGGGUAGAGAUACCAGAAGUCCUCAGGCCAUUUAUGGGUGGAAAGACUUUUCUGCCAUUCAAGAACAAACCGAAUAACGAAGCCAAAGGGAAGAAAUCGAAGCCUUAA